AUGGAGUUCCGAGGUUUUUCAGAGUCCAGCGAAAGACUACAGCCGCAAGUCGUGCUGCAUACUAUAUCUGAUGACGGGCUGUGGUUCAAAUUAGCUCCUGAAGAAGGUUGUGAGGCGAGUUGGCAUGAGCUGGAUUUAAUCCACAGCUCAUGUGUGACAGAUUCCAAGACUGCUGUCGUGUCAAUCGGAGGCGGAUUCGAGGUGCACUUGGUUGCUAUGUUAGGCAAUCGCCAGGAGCAUCGUAAGAACCACAGACCGUGCUUCUGGGGAUUCCUCGUGAAGGAAGGCCAGUUCUCGGCCUGCUUGAAGAUGCUGAACCUCCGCUGCCUUGCUGUGGUCUUCGACCUCGAUGAAACUCUCUUUGUCGCCAAUACAAUGAAAUCUUUUGAAGACAAGAUCGGUGUGCUGAGGCAACGGCUAGCAGCGAACAGUGAUCCGCAACUGGCUAAGCUUUUGGCAGCUGAGCUGGGUCGCUACGAGGAGGACAGGCAGAUCCUCCUUCAAUACUACGAUACCAACGCUGUCAUGCUUGACGGGAAGUGCUACGUGGCUCAGCCUGAAGCCGUGACACCAGUGGAGGGGCAAUCUCUUCCUGCCACUCGGCCUGUCCUCAGGCUCCCACACCAAAACAUUGCUGUUUCUGGGGAGAGCGUCAGAAUACAAGAUGAGAGCCCUGCUAUCAGCCCUCCUGGGUUUGGCCCUCCAGGGUUCACCACUCUCGGUUCCCGUGCACAGACUCGUGAUCCACCGCUGAUCAGCUCACCAUCUAAAAAGGCCGUGCCGGCGUCCAUGAAACGGGUGAGCAGCUAA